AUGAAUAAUCAAAAAUCAGAUGACGAAAAAUACAAAAAAUUUUAAUGCAAAAUUUGCUUAGAUUUAGCUACAGAACCAGUCAUCACUCCCUGUGGUCAUCUUUAUUGUUGGUAGUGUAUAUAUACUGUAAAUCUUUCAAUAAUUUUAUUCUAGUGGGCUUAAAAGAAGAAUCCAUUACUAUGUCCAUAUUGUUCCAAUGUCUUUGAAUUAGACAAGGUCACCACUAUCUUCACAGGGGAUUCACAAGAAUCAAAGAAAUCAGAAAUUCCAAAGAGACCCACAAACCCAAGACAAGAGUAGACCAACUAAUAAUAACAAUUCGGAAAUUUUUAAUUUGGCUUUGGUUUUGGAAUGCCAUUCAUGAUGAUGUCCAAUUUCAAUUUUGGAUAAGGACAAUAAGGAAAUGCAAAAGGUUUUAUGUUAAUAUUCUUUCUUGGAUUUAUAAUGAUGAAUUUGCUUCCCAUCCUCAAUUUCGAUUUCUAUUUCCCAGGAACUUCCCAAUAAUCAUAAAGAAGGUCAAGGAGACAUCAAGACACAUUCGACGAUUAUUUUACAAUUUUUGGUAUUGGCUUAGCCAUUACUCUUGGAUUUGCUGGCCUGAGCUAUUUGGCUAAAAGGAUUUUGAACAAAUGAAGAAUAAAAAAUUUUCAUGUUAU